AUGAGUGACACGAUGAGCUAUCGCUACGUGCCGCUAAACGACUCGAGCCUCGCUCCUCUCGGCCAGCACAUACGUGAGUUGCCUCCCGGCUGGGAGGUCCGCGGCGGGACGCCGCCGCAGUUGGCGCCCAAAGGCUACCGCCUCGGCCGAGCCUACGCGACUCUCGAGGAUGCGUGGGCUGCGCACCUGGAGCAGCAGUUUCACAAAGUGCAACAGGGCACGAGACCCAGCAGGCCGGAGGCUUCACCGACACAGCUCAAAGGCAGCCCUGCUUCCUCUCCACAGCCGGUGGCCAUCACUUGGAGGACUUUUGCUUUCCUCUCCCUGCAUGGCACACCGAGAGCGAGAGCCAGCCGAGCAGGCCGAGCCUCAAAGACGGAUGUUUCUGCCCGAGCACCCGGCGGUGUCCUUCCAAACGGCGAGCUAAGAGAAGCCUAUGAGCCCGACACGCACCUCGAUGCAAGCGAAGGUCGAGUUGAGAUUUUUCCUUCGCCAAUCUAUCGGGCUAAACUCCGGCCAAGCGACGAGGAGGUUCGCACGUUAAACGACGAGAUAGCACUGAACUUCCGGCGGCUGAUGGUGAGGGACGAGAAGGGUAUCGAGUACUCGAAGACGCACUAUGCAGGAGGCUACACGUCGUAUUUUAGUCUCCCUGCACUUCAAAAGUGGGUACCUCCAAUCGGAACUCUCGAGGAGUGGCUGAGGCCCCACAUUCAAGAGUUCAGGCAGCAUGCCAUGCUUCAAGACGGACCAGAGCUUUUCAUGACAGAUUGCUGGGCAAAUGUCAUGGGUGACGGGACAGAGCACAUGUUCCAUCAGCAUAAGAAGUCCACCAUAAGCGGUACCUACUACGUUCAGACUCCUAGCGGCUGCUCGGGUCUGCUGUUCGAAGAUCCGCGCUUAGACCGGACAGUUGCGAAGCAAUCGCGUCGAGUGGUCGAGUUUCCGGCCAUGGCCGGCUUCGUGGUGCUCUUUGAAAGCUGGCAAAGGCACAAAGUCCCGCCCAACACCGGAAAGGACGGUCAAGAGCGCAACUUGCCUGUCACUUUGAAGACAUGA